UUCUCGUCAGAACUUCUUGUCUUCUGGUGGCAAUUCACAUGUUUCCUUCUUCUUUUACUUUUAUGUUGUGGAAACAGUCCUAAUGUGUUGCAGUGGAUGAAACCAGCCAAGAACUCCCGAAUCCAGGCUUAGAUGGGCGGUAGCGAACAUAGAGAUUGAAGGCAUUCCCUUCUGAACAGGGCAACCUAGGAGUGAGUAGUGGUGGAACGAUCCACUUGGGGCCAACGGCGUUAUUGAAAUGUUCAACUACUACUACGGAGGGGGGGUGAGGAUGGUGUUCAGGACUGACCAGUGCCGGUUUCGAAAGAAAGCACAUGGGGAAUUUUAUUUCUUCUUCUGGAAUCUGGGUGUGAAAGGAAAGGCAGGCGCAUAAAAGGAAAGGAAAGGAAAGGAAUGGAGAAUGGGGGCUGGCUGGUUUCGCGUGUGGCAGUACAAGGUCAUACUGACAGGGCUCCCUUCCGAUCGAAAGUCGGCCGAGUUGCGCAAUGAUGGCGCAUUGCUCUCUCAAGUGGCCGCCUUGCCUGGACCCGGAGAUCAGGAAACGGGUAGAAUGGAAGGGAAGGGAACCCGCAGCAGCCAGAAAUCGAGGCAUCGAGACCCCAAGAUACACAACAUGCAGCAAGCCGCCUGCAGCAGCAGCAGCACCAAGGUUACAACAAUCCCGAGAACCCGGGUAGGAAGAUCGUCCAUCUAUCCAUCACAAAAGCAUAAAGUCAUUCGCUUCUUGGGCACGCAUACAUUUAUUGGAGGGGGAGAUGGCGACUUUUUGUUGGUUCUUCUGCCCUCAAGUGCAGAGAUUGGUCGCCUCUUGUACAUACACAUAAUCGCGAUUUUCACGGUGCCCAACAUUGUGAAGCACAUCGUGCACGGACGCUCGAACAAUCAUGCUUUUCGAAGAGUAACGCUUUUCCGGACCGACAUUUUGAGACCAGAGAUCUCAAAGAGUUAAGCCCAACUUCGACAAUCUCACAAUGUCCGACGCGAAUGUCGACAGCACGAACAGAGAUUCCAAGACAGACAGACAGCGAGCGAGCGAGCAAAGCAA